GUUAACAUAACCAAACGUGUGUAACUUUUGUUUACAUGCACAACAUUUAACAGUUUUUUUUAUACAUUAAAUGAAAUUUUAUUUAUAAUUAUAAAUUAAUAAUAUCAACUGCCAUGCGCCAAGGUAAAUUUGGACAAUUUUCUUCUGUGAUUAUUUUCUGUAUGAUAUUAUUUAGUAAAGCUUCGGAAAAAUUGGAGCUAGUUACCGAAGAAGAACUAUUAAAUUUAAUACGAAGCGAAAAGUAUGUUGUUGUUUUGUUUUCAAAGCCCCAUUGUGAAGAGUGCAACAAAUUUGAAAAUGAGCUAAUAUCUACUAGAGAAGAUCUUGUUGAUGCUCUUGGUGCCUGGGUUGUAAAGAUAGAAAACAGUCAACUUAUAAGAUUAUACAGUCCUUCUAAGGAGCCCGUCAUUGUCUUCUUUCGACAUGGAAUACCUCUUCUAUAUGAUGGACCUGUUAAUGAUGAAAUGAUAUUACACACGUUUACAAACAAUAAAGAACCACUUGCAAAAGAGUUAACAGAUGAAACGUUUGAACACUUAACACAAGCUGCAACAGGAGCUACAACAGGGGAUUGGUUUGUAAUGUUUUACACAAAUGAAUGUGUAGAUUGCCAGCGUUUACAAGCAAGGUGGGAAGCUGUAGGAGCACAUUUAAAAACUAGAAUGAAUAUUGCUCGAGUUAAUAGGGGAUCUACAGGAGCAGCAACAGGACGCCGAUUUGAUGUAUUUGAUGUGCCCGCAUUUAUCCUAUUUAGACAAGGGAAAAUGUAUCGAUACGAAAUAAGAAAUUAUGAUGUUAAAUCGUUAGUAUCUUUUGCAACUGAAUUUUACAAAAAUAUUCGGGCUGAGAAAGUGCCAGUUCCUAAAUCACCUUUUGAUGACCUUAUUGCUGCAAUAGUGGUUUAUUUAAAAGAAAAUCCGUGGGUUUGGCAAUUUGGUGGUAUGACUUUUGUUAUUGGAUUAAUUGCAGCCCUUUUAGUUAAUAAGAAGAGCAGUGUAAAGCCCAGUUCGAAAAAAAAGGCAGCUAAGAAGGAGAAAUAAAUAAAAUUAAUAAUUAAUUAUAAGUCAGCACUAACAGUACUGAAAAAUAAAUGUUGAAUAAAUUGUG